CUUCUGCCCGGGUUCUACCGAGCCGUCCUCCAGCCAAAUGUCACGGUCCUGACCCAACCAGAAGGAGAAACAGCCUGGGAAGAUGAGCAGGAGAUGCGAGACCGAAUGGCCGAAUACGCCAAAGAGAAAUUUGCCAAGAAAUACCACCACUGGGAUAAUAUUAAAACCGUCGUCACUGGUAUGAUUGGUAUGACGGCAAAAACUGUGCAAGAUCUGGCCAGCUACCAGUACGGUGUUUCGGAGGGUGGCUGUGUCUGGUUCGGCACGGCGCCACUUUGCAACCAUCACUGCCCGUCGGAUUACGACCACAUUCGCAGCCAUACUGGGAGAUGCUCAGACUUCUGGAUGGCCGGCUUCUGCGUGCCUGAUGAUAGCUUUGGAAAGCCGUGUACCACGAUACUCGGCGAUUAUUUUAAGAAACGCUUCUGUUGCAAAUCAGACCCGCGGGAAUGCGCGUGGAGCGGCCGCUGGAUGGGCGCGAACACGGCGCACAACAUCUACUGCCGCUACGAUCACACGGUAGAAAGAUGCGGAGCCCUUGAUUGUUCCAUCAACCAUAUCGACUACAAGGCACAGAACGCGUCG